AGCAGAAAGAAUCACGAACCACCUGAAAUGAACUUGAGGGAUUUCUACAAGAGUCUGUCGUUUUUACUGGGCUUUUUCUCGGUUCAAACGAAGGCAGGAAAAGAAGUGAACAUAGCAACAUGGGGAACAGCCGAUCAGUCGACAUCAUAUUACAACUGGUAUGCCCAAAAUGCUCUGGAUGGGAAAAGAUACACCUGUACUAAUACAGAGUUACAGAGUGACCCGUGGUGGAAGCUGGAUCUGAUGAAGACGUACAGCGUGAACAGAGCGACCAUCACUAACAGACGUGACUGCUGUGAAAGCAGGAUAAACGGGGCAGAGAUUCGGGUUGGAAAUGUUUCUUCAAAUGUUUUCAGCAACCCAGUAUGUGCUGUAGUUUCUACUAUUCCAGCAGGAGCUAGCUUCAGCUACUCGUGUCAUGGGAUGAAGGGACGUUACGUUUUUGUGAAUAUUCCUGGAACUUCAAAGAUUCUUACUCUCUGUGAUGUGGGAGUCUAUGUGAUUUUUCCAGAUAAUUUGGCAACAGGAAGAACCGUCACACAGUCGUCAACCUUUGGCCACUGGUCUGCUGAUCAUGCCAUUGAUUUCAAUCCAGGUUUAACAAACUCAUGGUCAUCGUGUUCCUCAACCAUUGUUCAGACUAACCCAUGGUGGAGGGUGGAUCUGCGUUAUAUUUACAGAGUCAGCAGAGUCGUCAUCACAAACAUACUAGACUGCUGUGCAGAACGAAUAAACGGAGCGGAGAUUCGCAUCGGAAAUUCUUUGGAGAACAACGGCAACAACAAUCCCAUAUGCGCUGUGAUUUCUAGCAUUCCAGCUGGUGUUUCCUCCACCUACAUAUGUAACAAUAUGGAGGGUCGAUAUGUGAAUCUGUUCAUUCCUGGAUAUUCAAAGUAUCUUACUCUGUGUGAAGUGGAGGUCUAUGGAGAAGGUGUGAUCAAACAAGCAGAUUUAGUGUUUUGGGAAAAUAACGGCUUCACAGCAGUUGGAAUUUGGCUAUUUACGAUCUGCUCAUUUCAGCUUCAGUCUGCUUUGGUGGAACAAGGGUUUUCUGACGAGAUGCUGCAGCGGUCUCAACCACCCGAACAGAAAGUGAUGCGGAAGGAAGCUGUGCCAAGAGAAUUUGUUCAUCAAAACACUGGAAAACUGAAAAAGAAUGUUGAUUUUGAAAUACAGUUAUUAAAAUGAAUAUGAAUAUAUUACAAAUA